UUAAACAGUCUUACAAUUUGCUAUAUUUUCAAAAUAAUAUUAUGUUCAGAAAUCGUUACGCUGAGGCCAGCCUUUAAUGUCCUGAUCUGACCAGCUUAUUCUGUAACAAAACCGCCAUGAUUGACGUUCGGAUAGUGUCCAUUCUACUGACAUUGAUAGGAUGGUCACUGGCCCUUCAACACUGUCCAAACGAAUGUAACUGGAGUGGACGAUGUGACGUACACAGAGGUCAUUGCUCGUGCUACCAAGGAUACUACAAUGCCGACUGUUCUGGGGAUUGUGGAUGUGCUGGGCAUGGAGUUUGCAAAACAGAUCACACUUGCGAUUGUGACGAUGGAUGGACGUGGUCGACAAGUCUACACAAAUGUGUCUGGGAGUGUAACUGUCCACACGGUGUAAGGUGCAUGGGGCCAGGAAUCUGCGCAUGCGCACAGAGUUGCAAAUAUGGCACGUGCUGGAAUGGUCAAUGUGAGUGCUGGACAGGUUAUACUGGCCAUACCUGUUCGCAUUACAACCCAUUAACGAUGCCUAACAGGGGCGUCAGUGUGGGUAUGAACCUCGGCGGCCUUUCCUACUACUCCAGUGAAGUGAAGUUCGUAGACGUGGCGAAAGAAUCCAUGGAAUGGAUAACACAAAGACGAGAGGGCGCACAAGCGCAUCAGUGGAAUACUCAAGAGGAAGCAACAGUUGCCUAUGACGACGACGGAUAUCCCAAACGACUGGAAGAUACGAUGAUACUGGUGACCUUGAUGCUCCGUGGAGGUCAUUGGAGUCCCGGGGGUAACUAUACCAUACUGUAUGACGGAGAGGGAGAACUUGACCUUGGACUCGUUCACGUCACACGUGUCUACGAGGGCAAAGGACGCAUCAUCGUCAAUAUGGAUCCUGGAUCAGGUGGUAUCGAACUGAAGCUCAUGCGCAUAAACCCACAAAACCAUAUUCGGAACAUCCGAGUCAUACUUCCGGGUUUUGAGGAUAGGCAUGCGCACUUCCCUUACAAUCCAUUGUUCUUAGAGACAAUCACACGUUACUCUGAGUUCCGAUAUAUGGACUUCAUGCAUACAAACGCACACCGGCCCGAACCUACAACAUGGGCAAGUCGCAGGAAGCAGACUUUUUACACCCAGACCGGAAGCUACGGUGCCGCCAUUGAAAACAUGAUACUGUUGAGUAACAUGAUGGGCGCCAACCCUUGGUUUAAUAUCCCUCACGCAGCAGACGACGACUUCAUCAGACAGUUUGCGGCUUUGGUCAAAUCAUCCCUGCGUCCAGACCUUAAAGUAUAUCUUGAGUAUUCCAACGAAGUGUGGAAUGGAAUAUUCCGCCAGACAGCAUAUACAGUAGAAAAGGGGACACAACUCGGUCUAGACAGCCAUGGUAACAGGGCUGGGAUGAAAUAUUAUAAUCAAAGGUCAUCGGAGGUCAUGCAGAUAUUCCAGGCGGUAUUUGGUAAUCAUGGCAACGAUAGACUCAUUCCCGUGUGGGCGUGGCAGACUGGUUACCAGGACUACUACCGACAAGCACUUGAUGACCUCGGUAACCGGACACGUGACUUUAAGGCUCUGUCAAUCACAGGGUAUUUUUCAUGCGACGGCGCUGCUUCAAAACAUAAAGCUGAGUUACCAAACAUGACAAUGAGCGAGAUAAGUGACCUUUGUGCCUUGGGACUUUCCACCCAGGAAAACCUGUACCAACACUACAUGGAUGUCGCGAAGAACCACAGUUUAGCGCUGGUGAUGUAUGAGGGAGGACCAGCCGUGAUGGAACCUGGGGCCAUAUCACAUGGAACAUCAAAUGACGCUGUCACAACCAAGGCCAUCGCGUUUAAUUCCGACCCUCAUAUUAAAGUUAACGUGAUGGCGAUUCUGAACGCCUGGAAGAGGAUCGUGACAGAUGCCCCGGGAAAUCAGGCUUCUGGCGGCCUAUUCAACUACUUUUCUUCGGCCGGUUUUCCAAGCAAAUACGGAAGCUGGGGGAUGCUACAAUACACUGGGGAGGACCUGCACAGCGUCCCCAAAUAUAUGGCUGUUCACGAGUUCAUCACCAAACAACUCGGCCAUGACGUUCUCGGAAACAAAUGUUCUUUCGUAAAAAGUGGGAACCUCGCGUUCGGAUGCUUCAAACCAAAAAAUGGACAUAGCUGGAAAUGUGGCAAAUCUUACAAUCAUGGAUCAGCCUGGGAGUACUUGCCUGACCUACCCGGACAAGGUAUCCUAAGUAUUCUUGACGGAUACGAUUCCAUUACUCACACACUGUUUGUUCGGACAGUUGAUGCGGUGGGUGUGAACCAAUAUCACGUGACCAAUACCAACCAUUUCAAUUGGACCACUACAGACAGUUGGGACUAUCAUUCAAAGUCUGCCUCUCGUCAUGUGACUCGAAGUCUCGCGGCGGGAGAUUAUCACCAUCUAGCUACAGCCCACGCUGACUGUGUAUAUUAUGCACACGCACCUGCGCCUGUCUUGGGUUGACAACUUGAAUAAAAGUAUGU